CGUGAAGCUGCUCACUCUGCUAUAUCACCGCCUGCAAUCCCCCCAGUUUGGCGCUUCGACCAUCGCUUGCUCGCUCACUCUGGCAGAACAAAUCGGCCGGCGAUCUCUCCCCGAAAAGCGAAGAGGACGACAGUAAACCGCGGCAAAUGACGGACUGGGCGCCGGUGCUGAUCGGAGUGAUCCUAUUCGUCGUGUUGUCUCCGGGACUUCUGUUCCAGCUGCCGGGACACAGCCGGCACGUGGAUUUCAGCAGUAUGAAGACCAACGGCAAGUCCAUCGCCGUCCACACUCUCAUCUUCUUCACCGUCUUCUCCAUCCUCAUCUUGGCCCUUCACGUCCACAUCUACACCGGCUGAUCUGAUGCAAAUCCUGUUAUCCAGUCCAACCAGUACUCUUUAUCUCGAUCUGCUACCGUGAUGUGUACCGUGUAGUCAAAUUGUGAGAAUGCUGAAUCUAAUGUAUGUAGCAGAUAUUUUAUUUUUAUAAAAUGUUGCUUCUUCUUUUUUUUGCCUCUGAUCCGUUCACUUCUGGCCUUUGACUGAAUCUAAUGUACGUCGCAAUCGUUGAAUAUUGAAUCGUACUCGGACUCUUGGAGUUGAUC